UGAGGAGAUUGCGCGUGGACCGGGCGUUCGCUGGGAUAACGGACCCACCUGCCGCCCUGAGGGGAACAUGGACCAAAGAUACCUAACCCAGAUGGAUGAGCAGAGCACUUUGCCCAAAACAAAACUGGUGUCUCGUCUCCAGUUGGGACCAGAGAAUACAGAGAUACCACAUAUGGUUGAAGGAAGGUAUAUUAUGCAUGAACAAGCUGUCAACAUUGAGGAAAAGAGCAGCUCACUGCCCUCUUCAGUAGAGAAGUAUCCUACUGCACUCCGUACAGCAGUUUACAGAACAGGCACAGAAAGGAAACACAAAACAACAGUAAAGGAAGGAAAGAUGGGCUUUGAAUAUGUACUCUCAAGAAGACUGAGAGAAUCUCCUGAAAUGGCUCAGUGUGAGACGAUGAUAUCCUUAGAGCUGAAGAGUGACACUGGAAAAAAACAUUCUAUGAUACCUGUUCAUGAAAAAGUUCAGCAUGUUGUUGGCACAUCAGCGUCUUCUUCCAUAGAUAGUGAAGGAAAGUAUAAUGAACAUAAGCUUAAAAUGGCAGAAAAAGAAGAUGAUGAUAAAGAGACUGAAAUUCAAACAGUUGUUUCAGAACCAAGUUGCCAUACAAAGAUCUGUAAACAACAGAAAGCUGGAACAUCUCAUAACAAACCUAUUAGGGAAAAAGUUUACUCUUAUGAUAGAACAGAACCAACUGAUGAUGAUGUGAUAAAACAUAUUUUGAGGCUGAGAGGCAAACUUGGCUGGCAAACGGUAUUACCACCACGUGGAUACGUAGCUGAAGAGACGAAGGCGACUAUAAUUCAGAAGAUUGCACUUCGGAGACCUUUAUUACUGAAAGAUAGUGGAGAAUAUAUAUAUUGUCUCAGAAGAAGCAGGAACAACCCUAAGGCUCCCUAUAAUCCCUACGAUCUUCAAGUUGUCUCUGCAAAUUCAGCUAAACAUAAUAAAGAAUAUUGGACCAUUACUGCUUCAUUUGUGUCCAAGUUUUCUGUAGUACACAAAGCAGAAGAAAUGGAAAUAAUUCCUGUAAUGGAAUGGCUAUGUGAAAGACAACUUUAUUACAUGAUAUGCAAUUUUAAUGUGUUUUCCAAUAUCAGAAUGAAGAAAUAUUUUUUCACCUGGAAAAUCAAUGUUCGAAGAGCUAAGACAACCAAGAGCAAAACCAUGAUGUACAACCAGCUUUUUUUGGCUGAUGAAUUAUUUCUGAGCUGCUUGCUUUAUAUCCAAGGUCUGUGUGAAGAUGCAUGUAACAUUAAUUGCUGCAAAGGAUCAGAAGAUAAUGCAAUUUAUUUGAUAAAGGUGGACAGAUCUCGCACAUAUUCUUUGGAUGAGUUUUGUGAGGAGCAAUAUGAACAGAAUAAAGAAGCACUUCAUCAGCUACAGACUUUCAAGGAGAAAGUAAUUAAAGCCAUUCAAAGUACCUUUUUAAGGGUGGCAGAAAUGAAGGGAGCUCAAAAGCUUUUUCAGUCUGUGCCAAGUGACAGCAAGGAAAACCCAAAAUAUGCUGAGAUAAGUGAAUGGCGUCAGAUGAUGAAACGCUUUUCAAGGUUUCUUCUGCUAGUUGACAAGAUCUUCCAAGAACUGCUCCGUAAACUGGUGCACAAUGCUGUCCAGCUGCUACUGGAGUUAUUUAAGGGUUCCAGCAAUGUGACCAGUCCAGAUGAAAAGAAGAAUGAAAACCUUAUAAGUAUUUAUAAGAACACUCUUGUGAGACUACCUGGCCUGUUGGAUGUAGAAUACUGUUCAGCAGGAGUAUCUAAAGAAUUCAUUCGAGAUUUUGAGAGAGCACCUCAAGAAUCAUCUUUCCAUUUAAGGGAGGACAAAGUUUUAAAACCUGAAAUAAUUACUAUAGCUGAUAUUGACAAGGUGCUAGAAGAUGUAAAAAAGCAACUGGAAGGAGAACAAGAAUAUGCACCAGUAUUUGAAGUAAAUAUAGGUCUAAGAAUUCCUUUUGAGAAGAUUAACGAUAGGAGCAGCCAUCAGGAGGAUGAUCCAGAGUCCUGUGAGAUGCAAGAUGAUGAUUCUUUUUCACUGACCUCAGUAGAGUUUCUGAAGCAAAGGUUGAAAGAUGAUGACAAUUUGAAAAGUUGGACCCAGAGUAACAGUAAAAGAGCAUAUGAGGAGCUGUCAGAAAAUAUAAAGAAACAGACAUUUAAAUUAAGUCAAGUUAAAACUGACCUUUCUGCAGGCAAAGCAGAAGUCAAGCCUGAAUCAGAUAAUAAAGCGGAAUUAAAACAUGAAUGUUCAUCAUCAUUCUGUCCAGAUAUCUUUUUAAUUCCCAAUAGAAGACAGUUUUCUAAAAAAUUACAAGGAAUUGUGGAUGGUCUAGAAAAUACUACCGCUCAGGUUAUUCCAUUUUCUCGUGAUACUCAUCUGUCAGUCUUCAUCACUCAGUCUUUACAUAAAAUAAUGCAGUCACAUGAAAGUUGUUCAGAAUUGUGGGAAAAAGAGUAUCCAGCACCAUGGCCCAAUUGGGAGCUACUUCUAGGAACAGAUCCAUGCUACCAAAACAAAAUUUUGACUCUUCUGUCUAUUCUUAGUAGUUCAAUGGAACAAGUUGAAUCUUAUAGCAGAAACUUUAUGCGAUACUGUGCCAUGGUGAAUGAAGCUAAAACUAUGAAUAUGGAAAUCUUAGCACUACAAAGGGAAUUAUCAUCACAUGAUUUCAGAGGCAUCUUAAAUAAGUAUACAGAUGAUGUAAACGAGAUUAUAUGUAUGACUAUUGAAAGACGCAUUCAUAUGAUUAAGGUCAGAAGUGUUAACUAUCAAACAGACUGCCUGCCAUAUUUUGAAACCCUGCUUAAUAUAAUACGUGCAUCAUUGUAUGCAAUAGUUGAAGCAAGGAACUCGCAUCUCUCAGAAGUUAUCCAUUCAGCACUUAGAAAGCUGGAUAAAGAUCUCACAACAGUGGAAGAAUUUAUUGAGCACUUGACUUUUUUGAGCCAAAUUUCCUCAGAGUUGCCAGGGCUAGAAACUCAGUAUAACACUCUUUCCCAAUUGUAUUGUAUUGCGAGAGCCUAUGACUUCUUUAUUCCAGUUGAACAGUUUGCUUUAUAUCAGACCCUUACUCGCAGUCUGCAUGAUCUUAAAUCAAGUAUCCUUAUUUGUGAAAAAGAAAAAAAUGACAAUAUUAUAAAAUUCAGUGCAGAUUUGGAUGGUUAUUUUGGCAACCUACAGUUUGAACUUAGGAACUUUAAGAACAAAGUGAGAAAUCCAGUUCUCCUCCUUAGCAAAACAUCGCCUGAGACAGCUAAAGAGAUGAUCCAAAGUCUUAUGGAAGAAGCUGCAGUUAUUUCUAACAAAUCCAGAAGUUAUGCAAAUUACCAGGAUCUCUUUGACAGUUCCAUUGCUGACAUGAAAUCAUUAUCAUUGGAAAGGAUGUCACAGAAGAGUCAAGUUGGAGACUCAAGUUCUCAGAGAGUGAAUAAAGAGCUCUCUGAAAGUGAAAGUGAAUUAUCUUUGCGAAAACUCUUGUGGGACUUACUAGAGGAAUGGGGGAAGCUUUCUUUUAGGUGGAAACAUACACUUUUUGAGAACGUUGAUGUAGAUUUAAUUCAAAAGAAUGUUAGCAGAUUUAUGCAGACAAUACAGAUUCUAGAAAAAGGUUUACCAGAAAAUAAUAUUAUAAUAGGUCUGAAGCAGUCACUAAUGGAUUUUAAAGAAGGCCUAUCUGUGAUUGUGUUUUUAAGAAGUCCAUAUCUUCAACCAAGGCAUUGGGAGGCUAUACAGUAUAUUAUUGGGCAAUCCAUUUCUUGGGAUAAAAAGUUUACCCUGGAGGAUGUUCUGCAACUCAAUUUGUUUCAGUACAAGAAAGAAAUCACUGAUGUAUCAGUAACAGCAACCAAUGAAGCUACCCUUGAAAUAAUGCUGAAUAAGAUAAUUAACCUUUGGAAUAAAACUAAUUUCCAUUUGUCUCCUCACCACUCUGAAACUUCAACUUUCAUGAUUAUUUCAUCUGCUGAAGAUAUAAUGGCUCAGUUAGAAGAAUCUCAAGUAACAAUUUCAACAAUUAAGGGUUCUUGCUAUGUUGGGCCAAUUAAGAACCUUGUAGAUGCAUGGGAUCAUAAGUUAAAUCUCUUCUCUCGCACCCUGGAGGAAUGGUUGACUUGCCAAAGGAAUUGGAUUUACCUGGAACCAAUCUUUCAUGCUCCAGAAAUACAAAGGCAGCUGCCAGCAGAAGCAAGUAUUUUCUCUCAAGUCAAUAACAAAUGGAAAGAGAUAAUGGCGUGUACAGAGGAUAACCCAAAUGCUCUUAGGGCAGCCACAACUGCAGGAGUCCUUGAGAUGCUGCAGACCAACAAUGCACAUCUUGAAAAAAUACAGAAGUCUCUUGAGGACUAUCUUGAAAUUAAACGAAUGAUUUUCCCAAGGUUUUACUUUCUCAGUAGUGCUGAACUUCUUGACAUUUUAGCUGAAAGCAAAAAUCCAGAGGCUGUGCAGCCUCAUCUUGUGAAAUGUUUUGCGAAUAUCAGGAAGUUAUAUAUACGCAGACAUGACGAGAACUCUCCGGUGGUGGUGAUGAUUGGUUCUGCUGAAGAAGAGACUCUCUUAGUGCCAAAAAUUAUUCGUAUUAGAGGCCCUGUUGAGCAGUGGCUAGGUAAUGUAGAGAGCAGCAUGUUUGACAUGGUAAAAAAAUUUGUAAAUAUUGGAAUGGUAGAGUGGAAUCAAAUGGAAUUUAAACAGUGGUUUCUGACUCAUCCAGGACAGGUGGUACUUCUUGUGAGUCAAAUUAUGUUUAAUAAGGAUUGUACAAGAAGUUUCCAGAGUUCUGAUCCAAAAAUGGCACUGACAGGAAUCCAUGAUGAAGUAGUCCAUAAUCUAGAGCAGCUCGCAGAGAUGGCAUCUGACAUUCUUCAGUUUCACAAGCAAACCACACUAGAGGCGUUGCUUACUCUGUACAUCCACUGUAGGGACAUACUUUCCAGUCUGAUAGAUAAACAAAUCUUCAAAAGGGAGGAUUUUGAAUGGACAAGGCAAUUGCGCUAUGAAUGGAAUGAAAUGAACACCACAUGUAGGGUAGUUCAAGGUAAUGCCUCCUUUAUGUAUGGCUAUGAGUACUUGGGCUGUUCCUCUCGAUUGGUUAUUACACCGCUCACCGACCGAUGCUGGUUAACUCUUACUGGAGCACUACACUUGAAUCUAGGAGGCUGUCCUGCUGGUCCAGCUGGUACAGGAAAAACCGAGACUGUCAAAGACCUGUCUAAAGCCAUGGGAAAACUCUGUGUGGUUUUUAAUUGUUUUGAAGGUUUGGAUUAUCAGAUGAUGGGAAAAUUCUUCUGUGGACUAGUUCAGUCUGGAACAUGGUGUUGUUUUGAUGAGUUCAAUCGCAUAGAUAUAGAAGUUCUGUCUGUAAUUGCUUCACAAAUUCAGACAAUCAAGGCAGCAAAAGAUAGCCAUGUUAUCAGAUUUGUGCUGGAAGGAAGAGAAAUCCGUAUCAAUACAUCCUGUGGAAUCUUUAUUACCAUGAAUCCUGGGUACAAAGGCCGUGUAGAACUCCCAGACAAUUUAAAAUCUUUGUUUCGACCUGUCUCAAUGAUGGUACCAGAUUAUCAACUCAUUGCUGAAGUAAUAUUAUUUUCAGAAGGUUUCAAAUCAGCAAAAUCACUCUCUAGGAAAUUGGUCAAUCUUUACCAGUUGGCUUGCAAUCAGCUGUCACAACAGGAUCAUUAUGAUUUUGGUAUGAGAGCCAUAAAGACAGUGUUAUUGAGGGCUGGACAGAAGAAAAAAGAAUUAAAAAUACAAAAUUAUGAUACUAGUGUUCCUGCAGAAGAAGAAACUCUCAUUAUAAUCAAUUCAUUGAAAGAAGCUAAUUUACCCAAGUUUCUUGCGGAAGAUGUUCCUCUGUUUGAGAACAUUAUGGCAGAUCUGUUCCCAGGAAUUAUAGUUCCAAGAGUAAGCACUCACAAACUAGAGAAAUCAGUAGCUGUUGCAAUGCAACAGUUAUGUUUGCAGCCUUGGGCAUCUCAGAUAGAAAAAGUUUUACAGUUUCACGAUCAAAUUCUGGCUCGGGUUGGUGUGAUGUUAGUAGGCCCUACAGGUGGAGGGAAGACAACUGUUAGAACAAUUUUAGAAAAAGCCUUGGGAAUUUUACCCACUUUAUGUUUGGAAAAAUUUUCAAAAAAUGAUGCUGUUUUGCAGAAUGCACCAAAGAAAGGAAAAGUGGAUACUUUUGUAAUAAACCCAAAGUGUGUCAGUGUUGGUGAGCUGUUUGGACAGACUGAUCCUAAGACUAUGGAGUGGUCUGAUGGAUUAUUGGCAUCAGCAGUUCGAACAUUUGCAAAAUAUUCAACAAAAAAAUCUAAAAAAAUGGAGGCAAACACUGAUGCAGCUACAAGAAUCCAGGACGCUUACACUUUGAACACAGUGGAUCUAACUGACGCUGCUGUGACUGCAAAAAACAAAGAAGUAACAGAAUCUUCGUACUCACACAGUAAAACUAUUACUGAUUGGCAGUGGAUAAUCUUGGAUGGACCAGUAGACACAGUUUGGAUAGAAAACUUAAAUACUGUGCUAGACGAUACCAGAACAAUGUGUCUUGCGAAUAGUGAAAGAAUCUGCUUGCCGUCAGGAAUCAGAAUGAUAUUUGAAACAGACAGUCUCUCUCAGGCCAGUCCUGCUACUAUCAGUCGAUGUGCAAUGGUUUUUGUGGACCCAAGUAAUCUGGGAUGGGAACCUUAUGUAAAGACAUGGCUGUUAAAAGCUUCCAGAAUAAUUACACAAAGUGGCUCAGAGUGUCUUGAACGUUUAUUUGAAAAAAGUAUAAAAAAAGGACUAAAUUUUUUAGAUAAACACAAGAAAAUGCAGCCAUUUCCCAUGCAGCAGAUGGGAAUUAUAAUGAAUCUCUGCAGAAUCCUUGGUGCUUUUAUUGAUAUAAUGAGCAAAAAUGGACUCUUCUGUCACAGUGUUGAACAUCAGCACUCUGUUGUAGGUACUUCAAAAGUGUCCCAGACCCAGUAUCUCAGCUCUCAAAUAACAGUUGAAGCCAAAGCACUAACUGCAAAGGCCUCAGUAGAAAAGAAAAGGGAAGAUCAGAAAUGGUUUUUGGAAAAGUAUCCUGACAAACUGCCAUCAUUGUUAGAGAAACUCUAUGUCUUUGCAUUUACUUGGGCAGUUGGAGGAGUUUUAAGACGAGAGACUGAUUAUGAGGAAGAGUCUCUGAUUGGCAUAAAUACCAAAGAUGAGUCUCUUGUAACUGUAACACGUGGUUUCAGUAACUUUGUUCGUGAUAUAUUUGAAGGAGAAUCACCUAUUGGCAUUCAGUUCCCAGCUGGAGACAGGGUUAUCUUUGAGUAUUUUGUGGAUUUACAAACAGGUGAUUUUGCACCAUGGACAGACUUAGUUCCUACCACUCAGUUUCUAAUUCAACAAGAGACUACAUCAUUUUCUGAUUCCCUGAGAUCUGGGAGUAAUAAAGAUGUGAACCUUGGAAGAAGAGAUACUCUGAAGCUUAUACCUAAUAUGGAAACAAUUUGCUAUUCUUUUCUAACAAGCCUUCUUUUAAUGAAUAAACAUCCAGUGCUUAUCACAGGAGACUCUGGUAUUGGGAAGACUGCCAUGAUUCAAAAUAUGCUUGAAAGACUUCAGAAACAAGAGGGAUUAUUUGUAAAAUCAGGAACAAUUUUAGGAGAUGUCGUCUUACAUAAUGAAAUUAAAAAAGCAAGUAUGUUAAAGAAUUCCAGUUACCUAACAUUUGAUGUGCCCCAAGGUGCUCAGAAGAGAGUGUGGCCCUCACCUGGAGACUCGGAUUUGAAGUCAACGACGGGGCCAUAUUCUGCAAGUGAAACUGGUGACAUUGCUCCAACAUCUGAAAGAAUCAAGGGUGUUAUAGUUUCCACAAUACAGUGUGGUGCCCACACCAGUGCUGCCCAAAUACAGGCAUGGAUUCGUCAGAAAUUAAUACUAAAAAGUAAAGAUGCUCUUGGUGCACCAAAAUCCAAACAGGUGAUAAUGUUUAUUGAUGAUCUGAAUAUGCCAAUACCAGAGGAUUAUGGUGCCCAGCCACCACUUGAAACAAUCAGACAGUUUUUAGAUUUAGGAGGUUUUUAUGACACUAAGCAACUUGCAUGGAAGACUAUUCAGGAUGUCUCACUGGUUGCAGACUGUGCCCCUCCAAGUGGUGGAAGAAAUGAGAUUAGCCCACGUCUUCUCACACACUUUUGUCUGUUGUUUCUGCCUCAACCUUCCUUACAAUCCUUGCAACGUAUUUUUCAGGUUAAUCUGGGAACAUACCUGUAUAACAACAGAUUCUUAUCUGAGGUUCAGAAAUGCAGUGACUUUCUAACUUCCUCUUCCAUAGCUGUAUACUAUAGUGUGUGCCGCAGCAUGCUCCCAACGCCAGCUAAGUGCCACUAUACAUUUAAUCUACGAGAUCUCUUCAAGGUGCUCCAGGGGUUGUUGCAAGCCCACAGGUCUGUUAUUGUCUCAAAUGAAACUGCAGCUCUUCUCUUUGUGCAUGAAACAACCCGAGUAUUCCAUGAUCGCCUGAUUGAAUCUGCUGAAAGAGAGAUUUUUUAUCAGUUUCUUGCACAUGAACUCCAUAACUAUUUUAAGAUCACAUGGACCAAAGAAAAAUUGAUGGAGGAGUCUACCAUAUUUGUGGAUUUUCUGGAUAUGAACACACCUCUUGAAAGUAAAAUCUAUCGAAACAUCACUAACCAUAAAAAACUUGUUUCUGUCUUGGAAGAAUUCCAAACUAAAAUGAAUUCAAUGAAUACUAAGACUUCAAUGGUGUUCUUUAAGGAAGCUGUAGAACACACUACAAGAGCUGCUAGAGUCUUUCGGCAACCAGGCGGCCACAUGAUGCUAAUUGGCCUGGAUGGAAAUGGGAAAAUAACCUGUGCAACCCUUGCCUGUUAUUUAGCAAACUGUAGUCUCUUUAGGUUGUCUGUUACCCCCAGUUACAGCUACACAGAUUUCAUAGAGGACCUGAAAAGAGUCUAUAGACAAACAGGGCUGGAGGGCCAGAACACUGUUUUGCUCAUCACUGAUUCAGAUAUAGUUCAGGAUUCUUUUUUAGAACAUUUGAGCUGCAUUCUGAAUUCUGGAGAAGUGCUUGAUUUAUUUGAUAAGGAGGAGUUGGAAGGUAUUGUUGUGAAGCUUACAGCUGUUGCUGAAAAGGCUAACUACUCUAACAGCAGAGAAGCUAUUCUUUCAUUUUUCAUGCAGAGAGUACGUAGCAAGCUUCAUAUUGUUUUGGCAACAAGUCCUGCAGGACUUAACUUCCGUCAACUUUGUCGGAUAUAUCCUUCCAUUGUUAAUUGCUCUACCAUUGACUGGUACGACAACUGGCCUGAAGAAGCUCUCCUGCAUGUUGCAAAAAGCUACUUUAGCCAUGAAGACAUUUGUGAUGACAAUGAGAACUUAACAAACACAGUUGCCCAGGUAUGUGUUGAAAUCCACAAAAGUGCAUCUACAACAACUGAGAAAUAUUUGAAGGAAACUAAAAGGCACUACUACAUAACUCCUAAUAGCUAUUUGCAAUUCAUAGACACCUUUUCAAGCAUAUUACAGAAUACAAAAAAGAAAAGUCUGUUUAACAGGGCUUGUUUUCACAAUGGUCUAACCAAGCUUCUGGAAGCAACAUCACUGGUUGCAGAAAUGCAAGAAGAGUUGCUUACCCUUGGCCCUCAGAUAGAGCAAAAAUCAAAGGAGAUAGAAGAACUCGUGGAAAAACUUCAUAGAGACUCACAAGUUGUAGAGCGGGUUCGAACUCUUGUUAAACAGGAUGAAGAAAACAUGACUGAGGAAACAAAAGUUGUGGAAGAAUAUGCUCAGCAAGCAACUGAAGAGCUAAAUGCUGUAUUGCCGGCUUUAGAAAAGGCCCUCGCUGCUCUAGAUGCAUUGGACAAAGCUCACAUUGCAGAACUCAGAGUAUACACUCAUCCUCCUCCUCUUGUACUAACUGUUAUGAAUGCAGUUUGUAUUCUUCUGCAAAAGAAACCUAGUUGGGCAACAGCAAAGCUCCUCCUUGCAGAUGCAGGAUUCCUCAAAAAAUUGGUUACCCUGGAUAAAGAUAAUCUACCAGAAAAGGUGUUUCUGCAAUUGAAAAGAUAUGUAAGAUCACCUGACUUUAGCCCAUCAAAAGUGGGACUGGUGUCUAUUGCCUGUUGCUCCAUGUGUCACUGGAUUUUAGCUUUAGAUCACUACCAUGAAGUACAAAAGUUGGUGAAGCCAAAACAAAUCCGAGUUACAGAAGCUCAGGAAGUACUAAGACUUGCCCAUCAAAAACUGGAUGAAAAACAAAGAAGUUUGGCCUUGAUUGAAGAACAUGAACACAAUUUAGAGGCAAGCUAUCAAGAGAGCAUAGCCCAGAAAGAAAUGCUAGCAACUCGAAAGCAACUGGCAACUCAGCGUCUACACAGAGCAUCUAUAUUAAGCACAGCUCUGGCGGAUGAGAUGGAGCGAUGGAAAGAAUCAGUUAAUAACCUGGACGAAAGGCUGCAAGGUAUUAUGGGUGAUGCCCUUGUUUCAGCAGCAUGCAUCAGCUACAGCGGAGUGUUAUCAGCAGAAUAUCGUCAGCAGCUAAUAAAUGAAUGUCUGAGAUUGUGUAAUGAGAACAUCGUUCCUGUGUCUCCAAAUUAUUCGCUAAUAACAGCUAUGACAGAAAAAAAUGAGGUCAGUAAAUGGCAAAAUGAAGGUUUGCCUCUCGACCAGUACUCCAUUGAGAAUGCUAUCCUUGUUAAGAAUGGACAACGAUGGCCUUUACUAAUUGAUCCACAGAAACAGGCUUACAGAUGGAUUUGUCAAAUGGAGGGAGACAGGCUACAACAAAUUCAUGCUUCUGAUUCCAAUUACUUAAGAACUUUAGAAAAUGCCAUGCAAAUUGGAAACUCCAUUCUGCUACAGGAUCUUGCUGAAGCUUUGGAUUCAAAUUUAAAGCCAAUCUUAAGAAAGGAAAUCUACAGUACAGGAGGUAAAGACUUCAUCAGGAUUGGAGAUGCUGAAAUUGAAUACAACCACAACUUUAGAUUAUACAUAACGACGCAAAAAGCCAACCCCCAUUUUCUUCCUUCAGUUUGUAACGUGGUCACAAUGAUCAACUUCACUGUAACAUUCCAAGGUUUGCAGGACCAGCUGUUGUCCACUGUAGUAAUUCAUGAAACACCCCAGUUAGAGCAACAACGUUGUGAGUUAUUGGAGAGUAUCUUUGCUGACCAAAUCACACUCCGAGAACUGGAACAAAAGUCACUUAAACUGCUCCAGAAAACAGAAGGACACAUAUUAGAUGACCAGGACCUCAUUGACAACUUACAAAGAACAAAAGUUACUUCAAAAGAGAUUUUUGAGCGUGUAGAAGCAUCAGCAAAAACAGAGGCCGCAAUUGAAAAAACACGUAAAAACUAUCUCCCUAUUGCAACUCGAGGUGCUGUGCUCUACUUUGUAGUGGCAGAUCUUAUUAAGAUCAACUACAUGUAUCAGUUUUCAUUGGAGUGGUUCCAUAAAAUCUUUGUAGAAUCUAUGGAUAUGGUGAAUAAACUGCGAAGUCAAAUUUCUCUGUCAGAUUCGACUUCUUCUGUAUGUGAAACAGUACGAGCCCUUAGCAGGCAGAGAAAAAGGCAUUUCACCCAAGAGCACUGGGAAGAAUGUGAGAAUGAGACAGACAACUUUAACAAGCAUCUUAAAGAAAUAAUUGACACGUUGACGAAUAAUGUUUAUAAGACAGUUUGUUCUGCCCUCUUCACUGAAAACCAACUCUGCUUCUCUUUCCUACUCUGCACUGAGAUCAUGCAGAAUAACUGUGGUGAAAAUCAAGCCCAAGACAACCUUGGAUUCCUACCUGAGAAUGAGUGGAACUUCUUCCUCUACUCCAGCAUGUUGGCAAAUAUUAUGGAUACACAAUCAGAGUUCAAAAAUGAUGGUUCAUAUAUGUUUAAUAAAACUCCUCAUCUCUGGAUUACUGAAUCUAUGUGGAAGGAAUGUCAGUACAUGAGCACUCACAUGCAACCUUUCAAUCUCUUGUGUGACUCACUUGCAUCAAAUUCCCAACAAUGGAGUUCUUUCCUAAACAGUGGUAACUUAUAUUAUUUACUUAGCACACAGUACAGGCCAACAUCAUCACAACAAGAUACAGACCUGCAGUCAGAUGCACUGAAAGAAAGAAUUGGGCUUGAUAGUGCCGUGGUAGACUUUCAUUGGGAGAAUCUUUCUUCAUUUCAAAGAAUUAUCUUGAUUAAAAUUCUCAGACCAGGAAGUUUAAAUAGUGCAAUACGAGAGUUUGUUAUUGAGAAAUUAGGAGCCAGAUAUCUUCAGACUGGAGUGAUUAACUUGAAAGAAGUGUAUGAAGAUUCCAGUGCCACCACUCCAUUAAUAUUUAUUCAUUCUCAUGGAAUAGACCCAGCAGCUCACCUUCUGCGCCUUGCACAGGAAAUAAAAGGAAGCACACGGCAUGUGAAAAUGAUUUCUUUGGGACGUGGUCAGGGAAGCAAAGCUGAAGAUUUGAUACAUAAAGCACAGCUGUUGAGUGGACAAUGGGUUUUCCUGCAAAACUGCCAUCUUGCUGCAUCAUUUAUGCCCAGGCUUUGUACUAUUGUUGAUUCAUUUACCCAGCCAAACAUAAACAUGGAUCCUCAGUUUAGACUAUGGUUAAGUUCCACACCUGAUCCUUCUUUCCCCAUACCUAUCCUGCAGAAAGGUUUUAAGAUGGCAAUAGAACCACCUCGGGGUCUGAAGGGAAAAUUACUUCAGACAUUUGGAUACAGUGGCAGUGGAGAUGUAACAGAAAUUAUCUUCAACAAGGUUGAAUGUGGCUUAUCCUGGAAGAAGCUGGUGUUCAGCCUGUGUUUCUUCAAUGCUGUAGUCCAUGAAAGAAAAAAAUAUGGCUCUUUGGGCUGGAAUGUUCCAUAUGAAUUUAACUCUUCCGAUUUAGAAGUUUCCAUACAGAUGUUGGGGAUGCUUCUGGCAAACCAAGAAGAGAUUCCUUGGCAAGCAAUAUGUUAUCUUACUGGCGAGGUAGUUUAUGGAGGUCGCGUGACUGACCACUGGGACCGUCGUUGCUUGCUCAGCAUUCUGAACAAUUUCUAUAGCCCUGUUGUAUUGCAGGAGGGUUUUGCUUACUCUAGUGAUGGCGUAUAUCGACCUGUGUCUGCCACAGAUAGCUUACAAGACUGUAGAGCCUAUUUAGAGUCUCUGCCAGACACUGAUUCACCAGAGCUAUUUGGAAUGCACGCCUCUGCUGAAAGAGCAUUCCUGGAAUCUCAGGCACAAACCUUUAUUGAUACCAUUGUCAGUAUGCAGCCAGGAAUCAGCAUGGACACCCUGAUGAUCAGUGGUGGAAAGAGCCAAGAUGAAUUAGUACUGGAAAUAGCUUCUGACAUUCUAAGGCAGCUGCCACUCACUGUAGAGGAACAAGAUACAGAACUGACACCUGGAACUGAACAUUCCUCCAAAAUGAAAAUCACACUGGGAAGCUUACUGUCAGGCCCCAUUUGGGCUGCCCUUGCAAAAGCUGUUAAAGGACAUGAUCCUUUUAUCAAUUCAGCUUUGUUAACUGUUCUUCGCCAGGAGAUUGACCGAUUUAAUAAUUUAUUGUCUGUAAUAACCAUAUCGUUGCAUUCACUUCAACAAGCUAUGAAAGGAGAGAUUAUCUUCACCACAGGGUUAGAAGAACUUUAUAACUCAGUUUUGAAGUCCAAGGUGCCUGAGUUCUGGCAGCUAUAUUCCUAUAUGUCAAAUAAGUCUUUGGGAUCAUGGAUUGAUGACCUUAUUCUACGAGUGAAUUUCUUUGCAACCUGGGCAAACCAGGUCAUCACCUGUAUACAGUUAAGGUAUAACAGCUGCAUUAAGCUGCUUCAGAAACAAGCCAAAACAUCUGGGAUCUCAUUUUCAUCACCGACUGGCAAUAGGUCCAACAUAUCCACCAACAGCAUUCAGGGAAAUCCCAGUCGCUUCUGGCUUUCAGGGUUUUUUUCCCCACAAGGGUUUCUUACUGCUGUGCUGCAGAACUAUGCUCGUCAAAAUGGAAUCUCGGUGGAUUCUCUAACUUUUGGCCAUAGACUGCUUCCUACAAUCCACGAUGAAGACUGCAACCUCAGAGAAGUCAAAAGAAAACAAAAUAUAAUACAAACUGCGUUUAAGGCAUCUUCCCUCUCAGAAAAUGGUGUUCUAGUUUUUGGUUUAUAUAUAGAUGGUGCACGAUGGAGCACUACUACACAUGUGCUGGAAGAACCCUUUCCUCAUGACAGAUUUUAUCCACUCCCUGAAAUAGUGUUUUUACCACAACAGAUUAUCCAAACAAGACACACAUGUCCAGAUGAGGAACAAGGAGAAAUAAUGCAUUAUGAAUGUCCACUUUACCGGACUCCUCAAAGAGCUGGAAUCUUGUUAUCUACAGGUCUGUCCACUAACUUUGUAACAACAGUCAGUCUACCAACCAAGAGAACUUCCAGUCAUUGGGUUACAAGAGGGGUUGCAAUGCUGUGCCAAAUGGAUGACUGACAAAUUAGAACAAAACAAACCACCAUUUAUUGUUCAUGAAACCACAUCUUAUCUGCUAUACAACUAAGAUUGGGGAGUAUAGUGGUUUCAAAAGCAUUAGGAGUACUAGUAGUCAGUCAGCUACUUACUGUACAAAUGCGAUCAAGAUAAUGUAGCACUCCUUGGGUUAAAUAAAUCUUAUUUAAAAAUCCGUAGUUUGAUGUACAGCAUGAUACUUUCUUUCUGCUUUGGCUUUAUCCAUUCGCUCGCCUCCCUGGUAUCUGAUUAUUCAUCUGAAGCAGUGUCUAAGUUUUAUAAUUAUGUACCAUUUCUGUAUAGGCUAGACAGGAAAGUAGAGCAUUCUAAGCAGCAUUAUGAUUUAAGUUUAUGAUCGAAAUUAAAGAACACCGUUAACUGCUCCAAUGAGAAGACCUUUUUCGUAGUAUUAUAAGUGUAUUCCUCACUUCUAUCCAAUGUUAGUUCAAGUGUUUACCAAAGUGUGGUAGCUAGUGUAGAGUUAUCAGAGCCCACUUCAAAACUACAGGGAUAAUCUUCGUGUUAUAACUGAUUAAAAACUACUACUUCUGUUUCUCUUGUGCAUUCCAGUUUUGCCAGGUUUAAAAAGAGCAACCAGAUUAUAUGGACCACUGAUCUGGUAUGAAGAU